AUGGAUACACCAUUUCUAAAAUCAUAUUAUCGCCGAAAAUCUACAUAUCUAACUUCUGAGCAGAUAGAAACAAUUAGAUCACUCAAAGAUAAGGUACCUAAGUAUAGAAUUAUGAGAGAUUUCCAUAUUAAUGAACAUCGAGUAGAUGAUAUAUGGCAAAAUCGAGAACGCCAGCAACAAAUAAUACAAAGUACCAUUUCUACUGAAAUAUUACCUAUAUCUACACUAGUCUCAUCAACUUCAUCUGAAAAUUUUAAUCAAAUCAGAAGAAAGACUUUAUAUCCAGAAUCUACUACUCUUUUUAAUACAGAAAUAAAAAAGAGAAGUUCCAAAUCUCAGUCUAAAUCAGUUCAAAUAUCUGAUCCAAUAUCUACUAAUAACUCUAAUGUAGUAACAUCUACACUUAAUGAGACAGAAAAAACAAGUAGCAAGGAUCUGGUUGUAUUAAAAGAAAAAGAAGCCAGAAGAGAUGAGAAAAAUAAAGCAAAAACGACUCGCCUAUUAGCUACUGGAGGAGAUAUAUUUAAGUAG